UCCCAGCGUAUCGUGCGUGCCUUGUCAUCACAUUGAUACAGUGUCGGUUUACAAACACGAAGCAUUCCAUUUUUGUAAAGACUUAUGAACUAGAAUAACUGGAUCGGAGGACGAGAUUUUAAUGGAUGGAAAGAAUGAUUGCCAGUGGUUCGGACUUUGGGAGUGUUGCUUGAGAAGCGGUUCGAUACGGGCUCACAGUAUGUAAUGUGUAUGAGUGGCGUGACGUAGGGUUUGGAUCCAGUGAGGUACAUGUCCGGGAUACAUCCUCACGGGCAGAAGGGGAGGCCCGCGUGACUGCAGGGAAGAGAGAAGUGGGGGUAUGCGAGCGCACCGCAAAACUCCCCCGGUGAAGAUGGAGGAAUGAGGAGGAAGCAGCCUUUUUAAAGCCAUAUUUAAAUGUUGACAUCAACUGCAAAAUUAUGUCACGUCAUUAGAGGAUAUUUUCAUUUCGUAUCUACUUUCAAAGCGUCCGCCGACACCCUCUCCGUUCUUGUAUUGACCGAACCUUCUGCAAUCUCGGGAUAUCUCUUCUGGUCGCAACUUUGUAAGGGCAAAUCAUUAUCUUAUCAACAGACAUAGCUUCCAUGUUUGUCUCCUGCUCCGUGUGGACACGAAGCACGUGAAACCUGCUGUUUUAUCAUCUCCGUGAAAGGCGGCGAUCGACGGAGCAUUUCACCGUUGUCUGUAGGGUUUGCGGCCUGCUCGCGACUCCGGUUACCGCAAUGCCACGGGCAAGAGGAGUGAGCGGGGGGAGCCAGGAGAUGGAGCGAGAGGAGAGGAAAGGAAUGGUAUAUCGUAAAAGCAUCCGGUUUUCAGAAAACUAGGUAGAGGAGUUUGAACAGCUCACCGUUUGCCCUAGAAGCCACAACGUCCUGUGGACUGUCAGAAAUGGCCCGUAUGUGUCUAAUAUCGCUCAAGAGGUCAUCGGUACGGUUGUCUGUGAUUGUGUGAAACAGAGCUUUUCUGCUGACAAAUUCCUAGCAAGGCCGGACAUGCCCGGCCUGGUGUGAACCUACAGCAUAACCCGUCUUCAAGUGCCCGGCAACUGACUUCACAAGAGGACACCUGACUAACACCCUUGGAGACCUCCUUAGUGUUUCUUCCACACGCGCGCGGCCGCCACCAUGCCCUCCCCAUCAGACACCAGCAGCCUGGCGUCUGGGUCCCGAGGCUGGUCUGACAGCCGGAGGGGGAUGUCGAGGCGGGGUCAAGGGGGUGCUCGCCUGCUGCUCUACCUGGGCCUGUGUCACCUGGGCCUGGGGGCCAUGGUCCUGGCCUUCUCCUUCACCAGCAUGGCCUUCACCUCCUCGGCUCGCGUCCGCCAGGCCUGCCCCUUCUGGGCCGGAUUCUUUGUGGUGGCAUCAGGCAUUGUGGGGAUAAUUUCCUGGAGAAGACCACUUACUCUAGUGGUGUCCUUGUUCAUGCUUCUGUCUGCAGUGUGUGUGAUCCUCAGCCUGGCUGGUUCCAUGCUCUCCUGUCAGAACGCACAGAUGGUCAAAUCCCUCCUCACCUGCCAGGUGGAGAACGGACUGUGUGUGUGCUGCGCCCCGACACACUCCUGCUCUAUAACAGAGGAGGACACCCUGGUCCUCUACCUGAGCGCUGACUGCCACUCAGUCAGACACCAGCUCAAGGACCUGCUGUUCAGCGCCUGUGGGCUGAGCAUCCUCUCCACCAUCAUCUGCACUCUGUCCACUGUCACCUGCAGCAUCCACAUCUUCUCCCUGGAUCUGGUGCAUCUGCUCGCCCCCCAUCGUUCCCGGGCUGUCAACCCAGAAUGCACCACUCCCCAGGACGCCUUCUUAACCAACAUCAUCGACUUUGAGGAGUUUGUUCCCCCCAUCCCCCCUCCCCCUUACUACCCCCCUGAAUACACCUGCAGCUCGGAAACAGACGCACAGAGUAUCACCUAUAACGGCUCCAUGGAGAGUCCUGUCCCCCUCUACCCCACUGACUGCCCCCCUCCUUAUGAAGCCGUGAUGGGGCAGAGGGCAGCCAGCCAGGUGACAGUGUUUGACACCCCCGCCUCCGAGCAGUCCGGGGAGAGAGUCACUUCCACCGCCUUCAGUGGUGAGGUCUCAAUGGACAGUGGCUCCCUGCUCAUGUCAGAGAUCGUGGACAUCCCUGACGACUCCUCGCCCUCCGAGGACUCCUGCCUGAUGGAGGUGGGGGUGAGGCCGCGGGGGGAGCGGGGGGCCGGCGGCGGGGGAGGCGAGGGGGGAGAGGCGGGGGAGUAUGUCAGCUUCAGGGGGCCUCCGUCCCAGACCCCUGAGAGUCCCCUGGCCGGCCCCAGGGCCAGUCGCUUCUUCAGAGGGGAGAGGUCCAACUCCUGUUCCUCCCCCAGCACGGCUACCACCACAUACAGGUCUCCAGUGUUGCGUCGGCAGGCCAUGUUAGCCAGCAGCUGUUCCCAGCUGGAGGUGAUAGGGGGCGCUCUCUCCAUCCCGGAGAUCCGUGUCUGCCCCUCCACCCCGUCACGUCGAGAGCCCGCCUCCCUCAGCUCCACCAAUCCCUCCUCAUCCUCGGCUGUCAAUCAUCCGGGUGCUCGGGGGGGCAGAGUGCCCCUCCACAUGCAGCCCCUGUCGCUACGCCAACGGGAGGGCAGGAGAGGGGAGAAGGAUGGAGGUGGAGAGAGGAGGGGCAGCGAUGGGCUUCUACCGUUGAUAAGGUCACACAGCGAGCCAGGACUUAGCUCCUCUACAGAUACAGGUGACUUCACAGGUUCAGUGGGCAGUAAAGGAAUAAGUGAAAGAGGCUCUCAGACAUCCACAGACACAGGCCCAUCGUCUGAGGCUUGCCUCUUGCCUCGCUCCUCUCUGGCGCCCCCUGCCUCGCUGCCCAAGAAAGGCAGUGUGAAAGCAGGAGCCACGGGAGGACAGUUACCUUCCAAGGUGCCCCCCGCCUCUCCUCUGCACCUGCCCAAAGACUACCACCGCUCCCUAGGAGACCUCAAGGUGACACGAGGGCUGGUGGCUCGCUUCCUCCAGCGCUCAAAACGAAACUUGGCACCUGCCGCAGAGCAUGCUGGGAACACGGGGCAGGGGGCGAAGCGAAGGGGCGGUGCCGAGGGCAACGCUUCUGGUCAUCUGCCUUUAGAGCAGGUGUUGCGUAACACUUGGGGGGCAGCACGGACUCACCCCCACCUCCCCCAUCACCGCGGCCACCACCAUUCUCACAGUGACAGCCGACACAACCGUCGUCACAGCAACCGGUCCCCGGCGUUGGAGGGGAUCCACUUGCGUAGCUGCGGUGAUUUAAGCUCCACGUCCUCCGCGUCGCUACGGCGAUUAGUGGCUCCACACGGGUCGUCAGGGGCUCUGUACAUGGAGUCGGUUCUGUGAAGAGGAGGAGGAGGAGGAGGAGGAGGAGAGGAGAAGAGGAGGGAGGGAAGAGAGGAGACUAAUAUUGGAACUACCCCCUGUGAUUUGGGCAGAGGGCUUCCUUCUCACUGAGUGGAGGGUUUGAGAAGGAGGAGGCAGGAAAUGAAAGGGUUCAAAAUGUCAACAACACACAUAUCGUUCAAGUAUUUCCUUCUUGAUUUUCCUUCCUGACUUUCUCCCCUCCUAGGAGACACCUCUGACUGUCCCUGU